AUGGAAAUCUCUCUUGCCAGUCUGAGUGACUUGACCAUCAAGGCCGUUGAAGAAACUAAGGCUCAUAAAGGCAAGAUUUCUUCCUAUCAAAAGCCCGAAUCACGCCCCAGAUCAGCUCUAUUCCAUGUGAAGGAAUCAGUCCUCACGCAAGGCAGCAACCAUUUCCGCACCAGCCUCAAGGGUUGCUGGAGAAGAACUGAAGUGAUCACUCUUGAGGACGAAUCUAUCAACGGGAUGGAAGUUCUGCUUGGCAUUUUUCACGACAAACCCCCAGACCCGGGUUCCAUCUCUGCCACAGAUGUUUGGUACACCAUCCAGGCAAGCCAUAAAUACGGUUUUGAUCCAAAAGACACAAAGCCGACGCUCUGGUUUGAUAAAUGGCUUAGCUGGGCUACUCAGAAUCGGGGUAAGGAAUGGAAGAAGGACCUCAAAUUCAUCUCCCAGCUCCUUUUUCCGUGUUUCUAUUUCGACCAUGCGGAGGGGUUCCAGACCAUCACCCAGCGAUUGGUUUACAAUUCCCCGGGCCGGAUUGGUGAGAACAAUCCAGUCCCGUCCGUCGCAAUGCACCUACCACCCAUUCUCAUACGCAAGUCCACCUUGCCUGCGGGGCUUUACAAGGAGAUUUCUGCAACCCUCCAUGGAACUAUUGAUGACUGUACAGCCAAUGGAGUAUGCAGCUACUUGAAGGAACUCCAGCGAAUCGACGUCGAACCACUCGGCAACACCCUCUUCCGGAAUAGUGUUGCAGACAUUCUCACUCGACUGGAUGAUUUCGAUCGUAAAAACUUAAUUCGCAACAAACACGACCCUCUGAUGCCGUGUUCGUGGUGCAGCCGCUCCUGGACUUAUCUCAUCGAGAGUAUUCAAAGGAGGAUCAGAGCGUACUUCGAUGGUCUAUGCCUGGAUUGUCUGAGGAACCACCCUGACGAAAAUUCGACAUACUGGGAUCGAGAGUUGCACAGGGAAGCUUAUGAUGGUGAAUGGGACUCGACUUGCCACAUCAGUCACGGAGAACCGACCUGGUAUUUCAGCUUCAAUAGACGCCGCGAGAGGAAUCCGUACUAUGAGUCGCGCUGA